AUGGCGGCUGUGGCUGGUGGUGGAUCGCAGCGGUGCCGGCGGUUGGAGGCUGAGACAGCUCGGGCUGUGCUGGCAGCCGCCGACACGCUGCUCUUCGACUGCGAUGGCGUCUUAUGGCGGGGUGAGGUGGCGGUGGGCGGCGCGGCGGCGGCGCUGGGUCGACUGGCAGCGGCGGGCAAGCGGCUCUGCUACGUGACCAACAACAGCAGCCGGACCCGUGUGGCCUACACCGAGAAGUUGCGGCGGUUGGGCUUCCCGCCCGCCGAGGCCCGCCACAUCUUCGGCUCGGCCUACUGCGCUGCCCGCUACCUCCGCCAAGCCCUGCCGCCGGGCGCCGCCGCCUAUGUGCUGGGCAGCCCCGCUCUCGCCGCCGAGCUGGAGGCCGUCGGUAUCCGGCACCUUGGGCCCGGCCCCGCCGCCCUGCCCGGCCCCGCUCCCGCCGACUGGGCCCAGGCGCCGCUCGAUCCCGCUGUGCGCGCCGUGCUCGUCGGUUUCGACGAGCACUUCAGCUAUGCCAAGCUGUGCCAGGCCUUGCGCUACCUCCUGCGCGGCGGCUCUGACUGUCUCCUCGUGGGCACCAACCGCGACCACCGCCUCCCGCUUGAAGGCGGCACCGCCAUCCCCGGCACUGGCUGCCUGGUGAAGGCAGUGGAGACAGCAGCUCAGCGUGAGGCCUUUAUCGUGGGGAAGCCCAACCGCUACAUGUUCGACUGCGUGGUCAGCGAGUUCAACAUCGACCCUGCCCGGACCAUCAUGGUGGGAGAUCGACUGGACACAGACAUCCUGAUGGGCAAUAGCUGUGGCCUCACCACCCUGCUGACCCUCACCGGUGUCACCACACUGGAGGAAGUGAAGGGCCACCAGGAGAGUGACUGUCCUACCAGGCAGAGCCUGGUGCCCCAUUACUAUGUCGACAGCAUAGCUGACCUUCUCCCAGCUCUAGGGGAUUAGGAGAACAAAAUGUUUGCAGCCUCUGCACCAGUAGGCCGAGGAGGGUCCCUAUUAAUCACCUUGUGACAGUAACAUACCCAUGAGAUACUACCUGGAGUUAGCAACCCUUUAGCUUUUUAACCUUCCUGUCCUCACAGUGUGCUUCUGUUUACACCUUGGUCUUUAAAUGCACUUUGAUCAAAGAGGGCAUUAAGGUGUCACCCAGCUUGGGGCCUUCUUUCUAAAUGAUAACAACACAUUUAUCCAAGUGUUUGUGAUGCCACCUUAUCCUCUCGACUGAGCUGAGGAAAGUUGAGCUGGUUGAUCCAAGGAAAGAGAACCCAACACCUUGUGGUGUGUCCUUGCCCCAACAAGCUGCAGCUCAGUCUGGUUUAUUCAGGGAAAUGACUCUUGGAGUGUGUAGUAAUGCAGUGACUGUGCUUGCAGACAUGGUGGCUGGCAGAGUUGGUGUUUGGCCUUAGACUGAUUUGGGUUUUUCUGGACAGGUCCUGUGUAGAUCCACUGUGAGCAUGACCUCAGGGCACAGAAAGUGAAAUUCCACCUCCUUUAUUUAACCCUUGCAAAUUGCACUUGAGAUGCAGAUCAGGAUGAUUCCACUCACAAAAUACAAGCAGUGUCCACUGUGACUUGUGGUUGUCCAAGUUUGGAUGUACAUCCCAGAAUCCCUGGAAGCUGGAAGAAACCUCUGAGGAUCAUCUAAUUCAGGCAGAAGGUCACCCACAGCAGCUUGCCCAGGAUUUGCAAUCUCUCCAGAGAAGGAGACUCCACAACCUGUCUGGGCAGGCUGCUUCAGGGCUCCAGCACAUUCCAAUGCCUAGAAAUUUUUCCUUCUGUACAUACAAGAGCUAUCCUGAUCCUGA